AUGAGAGGUGCCAUGGGAGUCUCAUUCAUGCUCCUCCUGGUGACUGUGUCCGACUGUGCCGUGAUCACGGGGGCCUGUGAGCAGGACGUCCAGUGCUGGCCGGGCACCUGCUGUGCGGUCAGCCUGUGGCUGCGCGGGCUGCGCAUGUGCACGCCUCUGGGGCGGGCAGGAGAGGACUGCCACCCUGGCAGCCAUAAGAUCCCCUUCUUCAGAAAACGCCGGCACCACACAUGUCCCUGCCUGCCCAACCUGCUGUGCGCCAGGUUCCUGGACGGCAGGUACCGCUGCUCCGGGGACCUGAAGGGCCUCAACUUUUAGGAGCUUGUCUGGUCUCAGGACACCCACCGGGCCUCUUCCUGAGCACAGCCUCGGGCCGUCUCUUAUAGACUUUUAUUUCUGCCACAUGGCCCGGCUUCCCCCCAGCUGCCCCCGUCCCCUCUCCCCACACUGCCCACCUUGAUCCCUCCUUCCUAGUGCACAUGCGCAUGUGUGCAGACACACGACACCCGUGACACGGUCCACCAGGCCGGCCUGAGGGUGUCCCAGCUAUGGCUGUGGUCCUGGAGGAAGCCUGGCUGGUUCUCUCCACGGCUCAGGCUGCCUGAGGGGUGUAAGUAUCAGGAAGGGUAUUCUUUUCCCUGAUCCCUGCCUCGCGCACCCUUCCUCUCCUCAGAGGUGACCUGUCCUCCUCCCUGGGCCCUGCCGCUCUCCCUCCCUGCACGUGCUCCUCUGCCUGGACUGGACAUUCCCCCCACAGAUCCUUGGGUGCCAGGCUGGAGUCACAGGUCCUGGCCUGAGCCUCAGUCCCUUUUUUUGAGGCCUGUGAGGAUCAACCUGAGAGGUGACCUAUUCCUUUGAUGGACUAGCUCCUUAUUUGUAGGCCACAGGCCCAAGGUCACCCCUUCCCAGAGGGCAGUGGACAGUGACCUUGACUCAGGUGUGGGGAGCCAGGGAGGUCAGUCAGCCUCGGGCCGCCCCUGUCGUGACCAGACUGUGGCCUGCCCGCUAGGCCAGAAUUGCAAUGCCUCAAGGCCCUCCUAGCACACUCUAAUGUCAACUUGUGGAGCCCUCAAUUCCCACAGCCUCCCCAUUAAAAUGCAGAUGGUGGCCGUCAGUCUAAUCAGCUAUUGACAUUUUAGGAGGCAAUUAGGGAGUUAGCUUAAGCAGCUGGGCUCCAAGCAUCAGCCCCUGAGAGCAGGUCUGUGACCUUGAGGAGGACUCGCUUCUA